AUGGCAAGCGCCCGUCCGUUUUUACCUUCCUGCCCUUGCCUCCGCUGCUACAAGAAGAGGGGGCCGGUGCCGGGGCCGGGGCCGGGGCACUGGCUAGGGGAGUGUUGUUCGAGGAGAGGGGAGGGGGAGAGACGAGUUCCGAAGGGGAACGGAAAAGAAAGCCAAGCCAUCUCUCGCGGAGGCGAACGACAAGGCUUCCUCCCUUGCGCCCUCGCAGAUCAGUUCAGCGGUUCUGCUCCUCCGGACCAUUGUGGGUUUGCUGAAAUGGAGUCGCAAGGUGAUGACCUGCCACCACCACCACCACUCCCGCCAAAUGCAGAGCCGAUAAAAGCUGAGUCGGCUGAUGACUUGCCACCACCACCACCCCUGCCGCCUAUCAAACCUGAAGAAGCAAAGAAGAUUUCAAAGCCUAAGAGGGCCCUGAUUGCUCGUCCUGGUUUUGGCAAGAGGGGAAAUCCUAUACAGCUUGUGACAAAUCAUUUCAAAGUCUCGUUGAAGACGACAGAUGAGUUCUUCCACCAUUACUAUGUAAAUCUGAAGUAUGAAGAUGACAGGCCUGUUGAUGGAAAAGGUGUUGGUAGAAAAGUCAUUGAUAAGCUUUCACAGACUUAUGCAUCGGAGCUAGCCCAUAAAGACUUUGCCUAUGAUGGUGAAAAGAGUCUUUUUACCAUUGGUGCCCUCCCACAAAUUAACAAUGAGUUUGUUGUGGUUCUUGAAGACGUUUCCAGUGGAAAGACUCCUGCAAAUGGCAGCCCUGGAAACGACAGUCCAGGAAAUGACAAGAAGAGAGUGAAAAGACCAUAUCAGACUAAAACCUUCAAGGUAGAGUUGAGCUUUGCAGCAAGAAUCCCCAUGAGUGCUAUUGCAAUGGCACUCAAAGGCCAGGAAUCAGAGCACACGCAAGAAGCCAUUCGGGUUAUUGAUAUCAUAUUAAGACAACACUCUGCCAAACAGGGCUGCCUGUUAGUCCGCCAGUCAUUUUUUCACAACAAUCCUUCAAACUUUGUGGAUUUGGGUGGGGGUGUGAUGGGCUGCAGAGGUUUCCACUCAAGCUUUCGAGCCACACAGAGUGGGCUUUCUCUUAAUAUUGAUGUUUCUACAACAAUGAUUGUGAAACCUGGCCCUGUUGUUGAUUUUCUGCUGGCCAACCAGAAGGUUGACCACCCUAAUAAAAUUGAUUGGGCUAAGGCCAAGCGUGCACUUAAGAAUUUAAGGAUAAAAACAAGCCCAGCAAAUACAGAAUACAAGAUUGUUGGUUUGAGUGAGAGGAAUUGUUAUGAACAAAUGUUUUCUCUCAAGCAAAGGAAUGGUGGAAAUGGUGACCCUGAAGCAAUAGAAAUAUCUGUUUAUGAUUACUUUGUGAAGAACCGUGGCAUUGAGCUGAGGUACUCUGGUGAUUUCCCUUGUAUAAAUGUUGGGAAACCUAGGCGGCCAACAUAUUUUCCCAUUGAGCUCUGCCAGCUGGUGCCUUUGCAAAGGUAUACCAAAUCUUUGAGUACCCUACAAAGAUCAUCUCUUGUUGAGAAGUCCAGGCAGAAGCCUCAAGAGAGGAUGUCAGUUUUGUCUGAUGUACUGAAACGCAGUAGCUAUGAUACAGAACCCAUGCUGAAGGCAUGUGGAAUUUCGAUAGCUCAAGGCUUUACUCAAGUGUCUGGUAGGGUACUGCAGGCCCCCAAGCUCAAAGCUGGAAAUGGUGAAGAUAUUUUCACAAGGAAUGGACGUUGGAAUUUCAACAACAAGAGGCUUGCUAGACCUUGCGUGGUUGACAGAUGGGCGGUUGUAAACUUUUCGGCUAGGUGUAACACCAUGAACCUUGUCAAUGACCUCAUCAAGUGUGGGGGCAUGAAGGGCAUUACAGUAGAAAAACCUCAUAUUGUAAUUGAAGAGAAUGGUUCAAUGAGACGUGCACCUGCUCCAAAAAGGGUUGAGGAUAUGUUUGAGCAAGUGAAGUCUAAGCUUCCUGGGGCUCCCAAGUUUCUCUUGUGUAUUCUUGCUGAGAGGAAGAACUCAGAUGUUUAUGGUCCAUGGAAGCGAAAAUGCCUUGCUGACUUUGGGAUUGUCACUCAAUGUGUGGCCCCAACAAGGGUCAAUGACCAAUAUCUGACAAAUGUUCUGCUGAAGAUCAAUGCAAAACUUGGUGGAAUGAACUCACUGCUACAAAUUGAAAUGUCCCCAAGUAUACCUCUUGUAUCAAAGGUCCCAACUCUCAUCUUGGGAAUGGAUGUGUCCCAUGGAUCCCCUGGACAGUCUGAUAUACCAUCCAUUGCAGCAGUUGUUGGUUCUCGGGAAUGGCCUCUUGUCUCGAAAUAUAGGGCUUCAGUGCGCUCGCAGUCACCAAAGCUAGAAAUGAUAGAUUCAUUGUUCAAGCCACAAGGAACUGAUGAUGAUGGCCUUGUUCGGGAGUGUCUCAUUGACUUCUACACCAGUUCUGGAAAAAGGAAACCAGAUCAGAUCAUCAUCUUCAGGGAUGGUGUUAGUGAGAGCCAGUUUAAUCAGGUGCUGAACAUUGAAUUGGAUCAAAUAAUUGAGGCCUGCAAGUUCUUGGAUGAAAAUUGGAACCCCAAGUUCACGUUGAUUGUUGCUCAGAAAAAUCACCACACCAAGUUCUUCAUUCCUGGAUCUCCUGAGAAUGUCCCUCCAGGCACUGUUGUAGAUAAUGCCGUCUGCCAUCCAAGGAAUUAUGACUUCUACAUGUGCGCUCAUGCUGGAAUGAUUGGGACUACAAGGCCAACGCACUACCAUAUCCUACAUGAUGAGAUACACUUCGCCGCGGAUGACCUGCAGGAUCUUGUGCACUCGCUCUCGUAUGUGUACCAAAGGAGCACAACAGCCAUAUCAGUUGUUUCUCCAAUCUGCUAUGCACAUCUUGCGGCAGCUCAGGUGGCGCAGUUCAUAAAGUUUGAUGAGAUGUCAGAGACGUCGUCGAGCCAGGGUGGUGGCCACACCUCUGCCGGCAGUGCCCCAGUGCAGGAGCUGCCUCGCCUCCAUGAGAAGGUCCGUAGCAGCAUGUUCUUCUGCUGA